CUGGAGUUUUGCGUCAUGACGUCAGAGGAGCGGCGUGUGGGACCCUGCAGCCUCCUCGCCCCCCUCCAGUCCAGAGAGACACAAGUUAUCAGGGAGGCAGCCGAAGGGCCAGUCAUCUCUUCACAUCUUUUCUGCAUCAACCGCAAUCCCUUUUAUCCUUCCUGUAUGGUGGAUAUUAUUUUCAGCUCUUCUUUCUUGGGUGAUAUGGGGGAUCAUUCCAAAAAGAAGCCAGGGUUCGCGAUGUGUGUAGGAUGUGGAAGUCAGAUCCAUGACCAGUACAUACUCAGAGUGUCUCCCGACUUGGAGUGGCAUGCAGCCUGCCUGAAGUGUGCAGAGUGCAGCCAGUACCUGGACGAGACCUGCACUUGUUUCGUACGGGACGGAAAAACCUAUUGCAAAAGAGAUUAUGUCAGGCUGUUUGGAAUAAAAUGUGCAAAAUGCAACCUGGGCUUCAGCAGUAGUGAUCUGGUGAUGAGAGCCCGGGAUAACGUGUACCACAUCGAGUGUUUUCGGUGCUCCGUGUGCAGCCGGCAACUGCUACCGGGAGACGAGUUUUCACUGCGGGAAGACGAGCUGCUGUGCCGGGCGGACCACAGCCUCCUGCUGGAGAGGAGCUCCGCUGGAAGCCCCAUCAGCCCCGGACACAUCCACUCCAACAGACCGCUACACCUAGCAGACCCGGUGACGGUGCGGCAGGCUCCGCAUCGGAACCACGUCCACAAACAGUCAGAGAAAACCACGCGGGUCCGGACGGUUCUGAAUGAGAAGCAGCUCCACACGUUGCGGACUUGCUACAACGCCAACCCGAGACCGGACGCGCUCAUGAAGGAGCAGCUGGUGGAAAUGACCGGCCUGAGCCCCAGGGUGAUCCGGGUCUGGUUCCAGAACAAACGCUGUAAAGACAAAAAGAAGUCCAUCCUCAUGAAGCAACUCCAGCAACAGCAACACAGUGAUAAGACUGUAAGCAUCUUCAACCUGCAGGGCCUAACAGGGACACCCCUGGUAGCUGGGAGUCCUAUCCGACAUGAGAACACUGUGCAGGGAAAUCCAGUGGAGGUUCAGACCUACCAGCCUCCGUGGAAGGCCCUGAGUGAGUUCGCCCUGCAGAGUGACCUGGACCAGCCAGCCUUCCAACAACUGGUGUCUUUCUCUGAAUCGGGCUCUCUCGGGAACUCCUCGGGCAGCGACGUGACUUCUUUGUCCUCUCAGUUACCGGACACCCCCAACAGUAUGGUACCCAGCCCGGUGGAGACGUGAAACGGGGCCCUCAGACCUGCAGGUCCCCCCACCACUGCAAAGACAGUUGCAGCAUGAUCCCGGUCCCCUGCAUGUGACCAGCUCAUCACAUCCAAACUACAGAGAGGAGGGGUUUUGUUUUUUGUUUUUUUUUUUAAUUUCCUGGCUUGGAAGAGACUCAUGACACACCAAUUGAUUCCGUUUUUUUUCCUUUGGAGAUUUCAGUGACAAAAGUAACAGUUGUUGCAUGACUUGAUAAGGAGAAAGAAAAUGUACAGAACAGAAGAUCUCCCGUUGGAUAUACAACAAACAAACCUUUCCUCCAGAACAAGCCGGAGACAUUUCUAUGUCAAACCAGAGGGACAUUCAACAAAUUCAUUGUGAUCAUAUUGUGUCUUGUUUCUUCAACAUAAGACUUUUUUGAUACAUUUAUUGCGUUGUCGAGUCCAGUUGACUCAGAUGUCUUUGUCUUAAGGUCUGCAUGAUAAUCUGCAAAUUAUUCGUGUUGUAAAAUACUUUAUCUUAAGGGCAGGAUACAGGUUGUUUGAGCUUCUCGAACAAAAGUAAGUUAUUGUUAUAUUAUUUAUUGUUAGGAAACCGAUUCGUAAAGGAAUUAUUAACUGAUUAAAAAAAUAAUAAUAAUAAAAAGCUGAAUACAUAAA